CCAGCUUUCCAGUGUGCCAACCUUCGACCCUUGACCUCCUCUCCUUUUCUUCAAAAGCUUCCUUUCCUUGUAAUCCAAUCUAAAAUAUCCCUUAUCAACAUGAAUGCCCGGCCUCACAAACAAUCAAUGUCUGAGCUGAAGCUUCGACGGUUAACUGAGCAUAACCAGCGGCUGCGGGAGGACCUUGCGAGGCCUAGGGUGCGAGUGAGUGAGGCAAGCGCGAGUUUGAUACGUUACUGCAAGACAACGAAAGAUCAUCUCGUGCCCUCAGUAUGGGGACCAGUCGGAAAGGGAGAGGAUCCGUACGCACCGCCAGCGCAGGGCUGCAGUUGUGUCGUUAUGUGAUUGCUCUCUGUUGUUCCAGUUUUUCUACUUGGAUUUUUCACCACUCAUGGAGGAGUUGUCCGUUACUUCGGAAUUUGUACCAAGGCAGACAUGAUAUUCGGAUUGCCCCUCAACAAGCCAACCCUCACACUCGUUUACCCCUUUACCAACAGGAUACCCAUCCACCGAUCCUGUUCGGUUGGCAUCCAAUAAUCAUCAAUAUCCAGUUUUCAUCCAGUUUUCACGUCUACAUUAUUUUUCUUUGCUGCUGCUUUCUUAUCAUCAUCAUCAUUCGGUAUAUCAUCAGGUCGUUGCUUUACUAUAAAUUUAUUGGUCAUCGACUCGAUUCGCUUGUCCCGUCCACCGUUGUCCGAAUUCUAUGUUAGAUAUUAAGUAGACUGUCUAUAGCCAGCGUGGAACGCGAAUCAUAACAUAAAUAUGGGCGGACAAGCCAAACUUGGAAAAAAGGAAAAAGGUGUGAUUUGCAGUGCUGAUA